AUGCGGGUUCCUUCAGGAGGCAUGUUUACUCCACGGCAUGCGCCAUUGAAGGAGGGCCGUUCUUUUCCCGGUCUACCAUAUGGCGGGUCUGCGAGACGGGGUCUUCGAUCACGGCAGGGGGCGCUGUUGCUCAUUAUCCUCAUCUGUGUGCCGUUGGUGUAUUUCUUGACAUCGACGGGUCCUUCAAGCAUAACAAGCGUGCCAAUUCCAGACAAUAUAAGACCGCCACCCAACAAUCCGCGCGAUGCAGAAGUGGUGUUGAAACCGAAUCCGAACGCGGAUCCCAAUGGUGUCCCUCGACCGCCACCACCGCAACAGGAGCGCCCGGUCAUGGACUCUGAGAGACCAGCUCCUCCACCAGCCAACAAUGGGCCAUCGGAAGGCGGCCGGUUCGAAGCACCCCCGGCAGCAGUCGACGAGUCUCGUGAGUCGUCGCAAAAGCAGCACAUUACUCCCAUCGACCCAGUCGAGGCCGACGAUGAGGAGACAUCUGGUCGAGACGGCUACGGAAGACCUAACAAGUCGCCUUCUCUUCCCCAGCAAGGUGGUUCAGUCAAGGGCGGCAACCGCCAGGGCGGGCCCAAACCGCCACAGGCGCCCAAGUUCGCUGAACGGCCGCAAUUCGAGCGGGCGCUGGAGCGAGUCAUCAAUCUCCUACCCGGUGAAAUGGAGGGUCGCGAUCUUCUUCGACAAGUCGAAGGGACAGGCAAGGAGAAGCUGCGCGAAAUGGGCCUCCGGGUCCGCGAGUACAAGAAGUUCUUUGAGGCCUGGGAAGCACUGCAUUUGGUUCAAGACGAGGAAGGCGGCAGCUACGUCCGCGACGACGUGAUCCAGUACCUCCGCCACCAUGUGCAUAAGCAGACAUCUGCACGAUCAGCAUCUUCUUCUUCAUCCUCAUCAGAAGACGACGACAUGGACCUGGCCGCCGAAGAAGAGGCCAGCAAAUUCGCCCAGACGGUGCACUCGUACGAAGCGUACCGAUACUUUCUGGUCAAGUUUGGCCAACUACUAUUUCCGUGGACGGCGCCUUACUUCCCGGACCACAUGACUCUCCACUCGCACUUCAAGCGUGGCGGACGGGGCAUUGUAUUGACAGCCGGCGACGACCAGGCUCCGUUUCUGCUGACCACGAUCCCGACGUUCCGCAAACUCGGCUGCAACCUGCCCAUCGAGGUCAUGUACCUUGGCGAUUCGGAUUUGAGCGAGGACUACCGCGCCGACCUCGAGGCUCUCGACGGUGUCAUCACGCGCGACAUUGCCCAAAUGGUCAAUGACGAGGGGUGGAAACUCGCCGGUUGGGCCGCCAAACCAUUUGCCAUUUUGUUUUCGAGCUUCCGCGAGGUCAUUUUCAUUGAUGCCGAUUCUCUGUUCUUCCGCAACCCGGAGGUUCUGUUCGAUGAUCCUGGAUACCGUAAGACCGGCGCCCUGUUUUUCAAAGAUCGCUUGAUUAUGCCAGAGAACAAGAAACGCUGGCUCCAGCAGAUCCUCCCGAAACCUAUCUCCCGACAGGUCAAGCAGAGUCGUUUCUGGACCGGCGACAGUGGGCACAUGCAGGAAUCGGGUGUUAUUGUGGUUGACAAGUGGCGCCAUUUUAUUGCUUUGUUGUUGGUGACUCGUAUGAACGGACCCGACCGGGACGGUAACAAGGAUGAAGGUAGAGUUGGUGUUUAUGACAUGGUUUAUGGUGACAAAGAGACAUUCUGGAUCGGCUGGGAACUCGUCGGCGACCAAGACUAUUCAUUCCACCAAGGCGACGCCGGCACCAUGGGCGUGAUCCAGGAACCCAAAGAGGACGACAAAGAUAAAGACAAGAAGAAAGACGACGACAAAAAAGAAAAAGAGAAGGAAAAGGAAAAGAAGCCCGAAAAGCCGAAAAAGGAACAGAAACUUCCCGUCGUGGUGCUCGACGAGAACGGCCAAGUCGUCGAACAAAAGGCCGAAGAAGGCCAAGGCCAAGGCGAUGGUCAAGAAGAGGAAGAAGACCAGGAAGCAGGUGUCGAAGCCACACAAACAGAAAAAGAACCCGACGAGCCAGAACCUACCAGCUACACCAUGUGUGCACCCCAGCUGCUCCAUCUCGAUCUCGAGGGUAAACCGCUCUGGUUCAACGGAUGGCUGCUCGACAACAAGUUUGCCGACAAGAAACAGAAGAAGUUUGGCAAGUUUGAACAUUAUCUUAUUGAGCCGCGUGACGUCCGCGACCCGGGCGCCUGGCAGCUCGAGGAGAGCAAUAUGUGCUGUUUGACUACGGACCCGCAUCUGAAGCGAGAAUUCACGGCGGAAGAAAAGGCGAUUUUGGAUAUGAUGAUCAAACAGGCUCGAGAGGUUGGGAUCUCGGGGUGA